AUGGCACCAACAACACUUUUGGUCAUUGUUCUUUCUCUAGCCAUCUCCCUCCAAGGCAUUCUAGGUACGAACAUCAAUUGCGAUAUGCUCGACGAGAAGUCGUGCGCAUUUGCAGUGUCGUUCUCCGGCAGGCGGUGCGUGCUAGAGAGCCGCCUGCGGCUGAGCGGGACGACUGAGUACGCGUGUAGGACCUCUGAGAUCGUGGCCGACAAGAUAACCAAUUGGGUCGAAACCGAUAGUUGCAUAAGCGCGUGUGGGCUCGACAGGCGAGCCCUCGGCAUAUCAUCCGACUCACUCCUCGACGGAAGGUUUGCUCAAAGCCUCUGCUCGGAAGUGUGCUAUAAUAACUGCCCCAACAUUGUCGAUCUCUACUUCAACCUCGCAGCGGGAGAAGGGGUUUUCCUCCCGAGGUUCUGUGGAGUGCGUCAAAUGGGCGAACGCCGUGAGUUGGUCGAGUCCGCUGGGAUUAAAAGUUCUUAUAAUAGGCCCAACUUUGCGGCCCUUGGGCCAACAGCGGAAGUUGGAUCUGAAAAUGAAAUCGGCAGUGACGCCAACGUCCCGAGCCCAAGCCCAUGCGGAUGCCCAGAAGACUAG